GACAGCUGAUCGAGGGGGAGAUGCGCCGUUAACCACCGUGGAAAAGGACACGGGGGAUAGAGCCUCUUCUACCAACCAAACUGCUCUCUCUGGGUGUGGACUCAGUUUUUCUCUAAUCAAGAACAUUGUGGCAUAGCGAAACAGGAAGAAAUUAAAAGCUGGAGCUGGCCUCUAUCCAACUGCGUAAAAAUAAGAAGCCGAAGCGUAUUGUAGGCUUGCCCUAUGUGUUGCGCGCUCUCCGUCGCUGGACCAGUGUGGUAGAUGGGGAUAUAGGGAUUACAUAUCGGUCGAUGGAAAAAGAUUACUAUUGCGGGGGGGAAUGGACUGGUUUGAAAAGGCUGGGAGUUAGUACCGACGUCAAGAGAUGGAUGUGAUUCAUUUUCAAAGGAAAUCAGAACGUUAAUGGAGGCUGACCCAGAUGUGCUUUGCAAGACUGGAGCUCCCUGAGGUAUAUGUUCAUUGUCAUCUAUUUGGGCCUGCAAGACAGAAGCCCUGACCCUAAUGCUCAGGAGGUAAAAUUAAGUAGCCGGUCAUUUUAUUCAAGGACGCCACAACAUCAUCAUCAUCACCAUCAAGACUGCAAGAUAGAAACCCCCUGGGAAAGCCUUCCUAUUGGUGGGUAGAUAUUCUCUAUAGAAACAGCUACAAAUGAUUCAUUAUUUGUGAAGGCAACAGCUCAGGCCACUUAAUCUACAAGGACCAAUUACUUACUGGAGGGAAUCGGGCCAAUAUGAAGGACGUGUCAUUUGCGGAUUGUUUCUUCAUGGGCCUUGCCAUGACUGCCUUUGUUCUGGCGUCGGAGGAGAAAGUAGAUUGCCCUCAGUCAUGUAUAUGUGAGAUCAGACCCUGGUUCUCACCCAGCUCUGUGUACAUGGAAGCCCCGACCGUUGACUGUAACGACUUGGGACUUUUCACUCUGCCUGGGAGAUUACCCGUGAACACACAAGUGCUACUGCUGCAGACUAACAACAUUGCAAAGAUUGAGAAACCAUUGGAUUACCUGGCCAACAUCACAGAGAUUGACUUGUCGCAAAACAACUUAUCGUCGAUGAGUGACAUCCACCUCGGGCGCCUGCCACAGCUGCUGUCCCUGCACAUGGAAGAGAACUGGAUACGUCGGCUCACAGACAGCUGCCUGGCCGAGCUGGCCAACCUGCAGGAGCUUUACAUGAACCACAAUCUGAUCUCCUUCAUGUCCCCCACGGCAUUUCAGGGCCUUCACAACCUUCUCCGGCUCCACCUAAACUCCAACAAGCUGCAGACCAUUAGCAGUGAGUGGUUCGACGCCAUGCCCAACCUCGAAAUACUGAUGAUCGGGGAGAAUCCAAUCACGUCCAUUCAGGACAUGAACUUCAAGCCCCUCGGUAACCUCCGCAGUCUAGUUUUGACCAGAAUGAACCUAUCACAGUUACCAGACGAUGCACUGUCUGGCCUUGUCAAUUUGGAGAGUAUCUCAUUCUACGACAACACCUUUUCUGAGGUUCCUCACACAGCUCUGAGGAACCUAAAAAACCUAAAAUUUCUGGAUUUAAACAAAAAUCCCAUUGGGAGGAUACAGCGGGGAGAUUUUGCUGACAUGCUCCACCUCAAAGAGUUGGGCAUCAAUAGCAUGCCGGAACUGGUAUCCAUCGAUAGCUUUGCCCUCAACAACCUUCCUGAACUGACUAAGAUUGAAGCCACCAACAACCCUAAGCUCUCCUAUAUCCACCCCAACGCUUUCUACAAGCUUCCCAGACUGGAGACGUUGAUGCUGAAUGGGAAUGCGCUCAGUGCCCUACACAGCAUUACAGUCGAGUCCCUCCCCAACCUUCGUGAGGUGAGCAUGCACAGCAAUCCCAUACGUUGCGACUGUGUGGUCCGCUGGAUGAACAUGAACAAGACCAAGAUACGCUUCAUGGAACCAGACUCACUGUUCUGUGUGGAGCCUCCGGAAUAUGAAGGACAGCAUGUCCGGCAGGUUCACUUCAGGGAGAUGACAGAGAUCUGUCUACCUCUCAUCUCGCCCGAGAGCAUGCCUGAGCAUGUCAGUGUCAACAAUGGAAGUUCUGUAUCGCUGCACUGCCGGGCCUUUGGCGAACCUGAACCGGACAUCUACUGGAUCACGCCAUCCGGGGCCAGGGUCUUGCCCAAUACCGUUUCCGAUAAAUACUACAUGCACCCAGAGGGAACGUUUGACAUUUACGACAUAACGGAGAAUGAGGCUGGACUCUAUACCUGUGUGGCCCACAAUCUGGUUGGCGCAGACCUGAAGUCAGUCUCUGUGGAGGUAAAUGGAUAUUUCCCUCGGCCUGCCAACAGCUCUCUAAACGUCAACAUCAAAUCGGUGCAGUCCAACUCGGUCCUGGUAGCCUGGAGAGCUGCCCAUAGCGGUCUGGCUCCAAACAUAAAGUGGUACACGGCGUCCCACCCGAACCACCCAACCGUGGCGUUCUCUGCCCGUGUCCCGUCUGACGUUAAAGUGUACAAUCUCACACAUCUGACUCCCGCCACCGAGUACAAGGUGUGUGUGGACAUCCGCGGCACCCACUACAAAAACGACACCAAAUGUGUCAAUGUCACCACUAAGGGAUUAGAGCUGACUGCCAAGGACACUGAGAAGUGGGAUGCGGCUGUAAUCGCUGUCUUUGGUGUGCUUCUUGCUGUGAUUUCUGUAGCCUGUCUGCUUAUUUAUGUGUCUCUGAGGAAACACCACCUUUAUGGGGAUUUAAGGAAAUGUCACUCUAAAGCGUCCCUGAUGCCAGUGGCCAGCCUGCACUCUCCUUUUACGAGGCUGUGGGUCUCCGGAAAAGGACUGCCGACCGCCGUGGAAGUGAAACCCACAGUCAUAAAUGUAUCUGACAAUGCCUUUUAAAGAAGACACGCCCCGUGGAGCCUCCCACACCACCGUAAACGGAGGGAAAAGGCGAGAGACACCUGCAGAAACUGUUUAAAAAUGCGCAUCUGCAUCCUUUUUGCCUUGACUGACAUUCUGGAGAAAAAACAUCUACUUCACUGACUUGGGGAGUAACCUGUAGGAGCUAGACAGACCACUCUCCCGGCUACGACAGACUAUCUAAAGAGGCGGCUUUAUAACAAUUGCUUUACAAAAUUAACAACCCCUUGGGAGGACGUUUUCCCUGCUAAAACACGGAGUUGGAUAUCCCUGAGUCCUUCAGUACAGACGGAAUAUGUUACAAGAUGAUGACGAUGGUGCUCUCUCUCUCUUGUAAUUGACUGUUAAAUGUGUUAUUAAGAAUAGUGGAACUGUCCUUGUGGUCCCCAAGCAAUAGAGUCUGUACCGUACAACACCCAUAGGCAAGAUAGAUAUGAGAACUAUCUAUGACGGAGGAAAUAUCUAGUAGAAUAGACCAUAACAGUGACCAUGGUGUACAACUUUUGAUGAAAUAUACCCUUUCUAUUUAAAGGAGAGGAUUUUUGGAUUUUCAUUGAAAGAUUGUUAUAUAUUCUAUCCACAAAUGUAAACAGAAAUCCUCUGAUGUAAUAUCUGGACAGUGAACUGGUGUGAUGUUAAUAAUGACAGAAACAGAUUACUCUCAUGACAUCAUUAUGCUUAAUACAAUUCUGCUGCGUAUGGGUAUGGUUUAUAAAGACAGCAUUUAGGAAAUGGAUGAUUGCAAAAACAUGGCGACUUAGAAAGUUGGUAGGGAGUAUGUUAGAAUAUUAACAAAGCCAAACCUCAAGUUGAUGGUGAAUUAAUGGCCUAAAUGUUGUUGUAUAUCCUAACAUGUCCCAGAAAGGAAUGAUAAACAGUAUUUUGUUAAGCCCCGGUAAGUGCCUAUUACAAGAAGUACACUGGAAGAACAAUACUACAGUGAUAUCAACAAGGCCAUGUCAUAACUGCAGAAUCACAAUCUUGAGUACUUUUAGUGAAAAUACAAGUAACAAGUAUUUUUGGCAUAUAAACAUUUGAAGGAAAAAAAACAUUGCUAUCUUUCUUUGGGUGUAAAGUUAUAAAAGCCAUUUUUAUAUUGACUGUACUAUCUGUGAUAUCUGGGCACAAUUGGGAGUACGAUCUGUGCAAAGGUAAAAAAAAAAAAAAGAAUAAAUGUCAACGUUUUUUGCAAUCAGUUGGCUACUCUAUUGCUCCCCUUUCUUCAGUGUGCUGAAAGCAUUGUUUUAUCACAUAACAUGAUAAUCAUCACAGUAGACUUGAUGAAAACUCUAUACAGCAUGGUGUGACAUUUACUUCAACCUUUUGUGUUCCUGACCUUUAUAUUGCCAGGAAACCUUGAUAAUGAUCACACAGUAUUUCACAUAACAGCAACACUACUUGUUGUAACACAAUGUAAAUAUUUGCACAAGGCAAAAGGGGAUGUGGUAUGCAGCUAAUACAUGGCCAGGAGCUGUUCUUAAGCACGACACAUUGCGGAGUGCCUGUAUUUAGCGCUUAGUUGUACAAUAUACCACAAACCCCUGAGAUGCCUUAUUGUAAUUAUAAACUUGUUACCAAAGCAACUAGAGCAUUAAAAGGUGAUGGGAUGUAA